UUGGUUUGGAGCUAAGUGUGAAUGAGGAGAAGAGAAGAAGGCUGAGAACAACAACGAAAAAGGGUUUUUGGUUUUGGACUCUGAAAGAAACUCAAAGUGAUGCGUUUCAUCGUUCUUUCGCCCAAACCCUAACCUCGUCCUCGUGCAUUCAUUCCCCGCGAUCAGGUGUGUUUUUAUCCAUUGCAAACAGCAUGAAUUUUGCAGCAUCAUUGUGCAGAAGAUUGAAUAUCAAGGAACUUGUGACAUAUGUUCCUGUGUAUAGAAGCACCAGUGGUGUUUCUGGAGAAGGUUUGAAUUUGGCGUUCAGGCGUUGGGCUUCCAAAAAGACUGCUGGUUCCACAAAGAAUGGACGGGAUUCAAAACCCAAGAACCUUGGAGUGAAGAAAUUUGGUGGGGAGAGGGUGAUACCUGGAAAUAUCAUUGUUCGACAGCGUGGCACUCGUUUUCAUCCAGGAAACUAUGUUGGACUUGGGAAAGAUCAUUCUCUGUUUGCAUUGAAAGAGGGAUGGGUGAAGUUUGAACGGAACAAGUUGACUGGUCGCAAGUGGGUGCAUAUUGAGCCUAAGGAAGGUCAUGUUCUCCACCCUCUGUAUGCAGCAGAUGGUUCUGCAUCUGAACUCAAAGUUGCUGUCUAAGUCUCAUCUGUCAUCCAUGAUAGAAAUUUUUAUUUACUGACAAAAUUCAGCUUUACCUUCUUGGCUUCUGUGAACUUCUAGAUCUAAAAUUGAAAAACUAGUCAGGUGUUUUGGUACAUUGGAAGCAUUUAAAAGAUUGAGUCCAGAAGGCAAGAUUAGUUGUUACUUCAGCAUGCUAGAGACUUGCUCCUUUUUGUAUUUGUCAAAUUAUGCCUGAUUAUUAGACUGUAAUUGGUUAGGGCGAGUUUGAUCAGAUCAUGUAGGAAUAAGGUUCAAUUUUACCAAUAUGUUCAACUACAUUUAUGAAAGCACUUCUCUACAUUUAUGAAAGCAUUUCUACUUGACACAUCGUUAAA